UCUGCUGGGAAGUGAAGACAACACUUACCCAUCAUAAAUCAGCCAAAAUCGUUAAAUACACUUACACUUAAUCUUUUAGUUUGAAAACUCCGACAGGAUAUUUAUCAGACACUCUACUGUGUUAUAUACUUAUAUAAAUAGAAAAGAAUCGUAUAACUAAAACAAAAACACAUCUUUCAUCGGUUUGAGGUUCACAAUUAACCCAACGGCUAACUUCAGACUGAGGUAACAUCUCUGCUGCUAACGACAAUCGACACUUUUCAAAAAGUCUACCUACACCAGCAGGAUGAACAGUCCAGGGACAGAGCUGAACUCAUCUCAGAGGGAACGGGAACAACCUGAAACUGAUAACUCUCCAUCCAAAGAGAGAGAUGGUCAUUUCCAGCCGGACCCUGUAGGGACCCCUGUGUGGGGAGGGCUCCCUUCAGCUGUCUGCCUACCUACAGCAGCUGUCUGCCUACCUGCAGCAGCUCCCUUUCCUCAGCAACAGGGUGUCCACACAGUUAUGAUGGAUCCUCUCAGCUUCGGGUUCCACGGUCCAUGUCAGUACUUUCAGUGCCAGACUAACUCAGACUACCUGCAGCCCAGCUGCUACCAUCUCCUCCCUGGACCUGCUCCUGGUCCAUCAGACAGCAGCCAUGUCAGCUCAGUUUCUGCUCCGUGGUUUUCUUAUGAUCCUGUUCUCUAUAGCAAAAUGAUGCCAGGGGACAUUCUUUCCCCUGUUGCCGGUCUCUUUGUACCACAGGCAGGGGACCAUCAGCAGUUUUUGAGGGAAAUGACUGAGUUUGCACCCCACUACACACAGCCAAUGCUCUGUAACAUAGGUGAAGCUGGACAAGAGGUGCUGGUUAACCCCUGUGAGACAGGACCCGUGUUCCACACCCUCAAACCUGCACCAAUUAACAGAGAGGACAGAUUAACUCAGGGUGGAAGUGAGGACCAGUUAACAAACAAUUUGAACAUGUUUGGGACUGAUCACCUGCCUCCCCCGUAUGAGCAGCCAUCUUGUCCCCUGUAUGAGUACCAGUAUCAGGCCCCCAGCGUGCAGCCUGAGGACCCUCCACAACGAGCUCUUGGAGCCCGGAGACCCUGUCACUGCACCAGAUCUCAGUGCCUCAAACUCUACUGUGAGUGUUUUGCCAACGGACUGAUGUGCAUGAACUGUGAAUGUUCCAACUGCUUCAACAACGUAGAGCAUGUGGGGAUACGUCAGAAGGCUAUGGAGUUACGCUCAGGUCGAAACCCAGGCGUCUUCAAGACAAAGAUUGUUCGAGGGAGGUCAGGACAUGUCAAAGGUUGGCACAACAAAGGCUGCACCUGUAAACGCUCGGGCUGCCUGAAGAACUACUGCGAGUGUUACGAGGCCAACGUCUUGUGUACCUCCAGCUGUAAGUGUGAUGGCUGUAGAAACUUCGACGACGGGACAGAAAUGGGGACCAGUAAGAAGACCAUCGGGGACAAUGACAGCUGUCCUAAGUCGGUGAUAACUCUGGGCGUGGUGAAGGCGGUGUGUGGAUGUCUGCUGGCUCAGGCUAAGGAGGUGGAGGCAGAGACUCAGAGCUCUGUGGCAGCUGAGCAGAAGGUCCUGGAGGAGUUUGGAGAGUGUCUCACACAGAUUGUCAAGGCCAUGUUCAAGUAACAUACACUCUGGUGUUUGGUUAAAACACUGUGAUGACUCAGAGAUAGGUAAAUUGUGGAUACUCCGUGCAGUUGUAUAUCCAGGUGUAAAAGUUUAUUAGCAGGGUUUAACUCAGGAUUCAGAAGGACACUGUGUUAGCUUUAGAGCCUUCAUAUAGUUUGUUUGUGUUGUGUGAGGUAAUACGUUUGAAUGUCUUAAUGAAAUUGUUGCUGUUCUGCAGUUUUUAAACUUUUUAACUCUCAGUGAGUUUAUAGGAAAAUAAACAGAGGUCACUCUGACUUACUGAGCUCAUUUCUGUUCCUUAGAUAGAACCAUAAAAAAAGCCAUUAAUCUGA